CAGGGAUUUGCAUGCCCAAGCAGGGCAUAUUGGGGAGCUUGUCAAAAUAAAAGUAAUGGCCCAGCUACCUCUAGAGGGUUAUUCUAGUUUGGAAGUACAGUCAGCUGAAAGGCUUAACACCACAAUCAAAAACAAAACAAAGAACCUACUGUGCAUUAUUGCUGGGUUCUGUUCAUAGGGUCUCCAGAUGAGGCUCUUAGGCCUAGGCAGCCAUUGGGAGGAUCGGGCUACAGGCUUUGGGUCAGAGCAGAGCACGCUUCCUUACACCCUAGAUUCCUAGCCCAGAGAUGGCAGAACCAGGCCUAGCCUUCUUUGGUGGUUAUAGGAUCAUGUCUGGAAUGUGGGGUGUUUGACCAAGUAGAAGAAGUUACUGCAUUCUGGGGGGGCACUGAACCAGGCUCACCUACCCCUAUGGUGGAGUGGGCAGGCAGAGAGGCUGAGACUCUAUGGCUGUGACUUUCUUGUUUUCUAACCCUGAAUUUUUAAGUGGGAACAGUUUCUGGCUCUUCAAAGCCCAGGUGUAGAGCUUGGCAAGGGGGAACUGGGACUUGAAUUGUGAGCAGCCUUCCCCUGAGGCUCUGGGUGAGCUGGGGGCCUGGAUCCUGAGCCCCAGAAGUCUGGAGCAGAUGUCUGGGUGGGGCCUAUUCUAGGCCUGCCUGGGCUGCCUCAUCUUGGGGUUUCCCAGAGGGCUCAGCAUUACUGCAGGAUUUAUGAACUUCAGUGGAGAGCUUCUUGGAGGACUGGAGCACCCCAGCGUAUAUCUGCAAUUACCCUAGGAAAAUCUCAAGUUUUGGAUGAUGGUGGGGGUCUUAACAGCUGUGCUUAUCCUGAGGUUUUUUUUUCCUCUCCCCCUUCUAUAAUUUCUGGCUCUGGCUUAUUAGGGCAGAGAAAUAGGCUGUCUUUUUGCCUUUCAACAGCUUUGAUUAAUUUCUUCCUGAUGAGGAGAGACUUGUGGCAGGACUCCCGAGGCCCCAGGGUCUCCCACUUUUAACUCCUCAAUUGCCACAUGCUUCUCUGUCACCCUGCUCCUGUGCUCUUCCCUUUGUCUCUGGGUCGUGUUUCUUUCCCUUCAUCUCUGCUACUGGUCAUGAAUCUGACCUUCUGUUGCUGGGAACAUGGGUUUAGUUCUGGAUAAAGAAAUUGCCAAAACUCAUCUCCAGGAUGCUUGAGCGGGGUGUCCUUUAACUUGGUGUGAAUCUCCACCCAGGCUGGCUUGGUUGUCUGGUUGUACUGAUUGAUUGCAUAACCUGGACCCUGGGGCCAGCCCUGUGAAGCUGCCAGGGACAGUGUGUGCAAGGCAGAGCUGCCAAACAGGCCUUUCAGGCAGCAGCCCUGUGAAUGGAGUUGGGAGGUGGAGGGCUCCCAGAAAUGUUAGAGAAGUGGGCCUUAGAUGAGAAACCAAGAAGCUACUUAUGACACCCAGAUUGUUGCUGGUGACCCAUAUUCUACUCUUUGCCUCCCAGGACAAUCUUAUUCUGAAGCUUGGGAUGGCUAGGGUUAACUUGAACCAGCAGCAGCCUGGCUUCCAGGUGGUGCCCAGACCAUUGGUAGAGUCCAGAUGUCUGCUGCUCUCAUUCCCAUAAGCCACCCAAGAACCAUAACUUCCUUUUGGGGGUCUUUUGACAUAGAGGUAGGGGCAUGGCAGUAAGGAAAAGAAUGUGAGAGAGAAGCGAAGGGAAAGAGGACAAGUCCGGGUUGUGGUAGGGGCCAUAUGGUGACCAGAUGGUGUCUGUACUCUCCUGGGGCCAUCCCCACACGUUGUGACAUGGCCAAGCCAUCCUAUUGUACUUGCUCACCUGGAGUGCUGCUGUCUUAUGGCUUGAUAUCCCAUCAGCUGCCUUUGUCCCCCAGCCAUGCCACUAGGCAUGUCCCCAUCAGACUGCUCUUAUCCCCCGUACUCCCCUAUGUUGCUAUGCAUUGCUCCUGAUCACCUAAGUAGUGUUUUUCCUUCAGGAUGGGGAAAGGAAGAGCGAGAAUGUUGUGGGGCAUCUAAAGUCUCUAUAAAUAACUCAGAGCUGGCUCAUCUCAUCCCAGGGGGCAGGACAUUGCAUAUUGAAGCUGGAAAGGUGGUGAUAAGCCCUAAAAUUCCCCAGGCCCUUCUUUCAGCAAAUGGUGCUCCCCUCCCACCUGUGGACUCUGGCUGCCUCAUUUGUUGGCACGGCUGCCAGGGCGGUUGCAGGGGCGGGGCAGGUGUGGUUUACAUGAUAGACUCAGGCGCCUGUUCCCCUUUGUUCCUGGUCUCCAGCAGGUCUCCCCAUGUGCGAGAGAUGGAGGGUAUGGGCUAUGGACCUCGUAGGGCUCUGCCACUGACUUGUGUACCUCCAUUGCCCUACUUUACCCAGCGACCUGGCAUGUCACCAGGAAGCAGGAUGCCCAUGGCUGGCAUGCAGGUGGGACCUCCAGCUGGCUCCCCAUUUGGCACAGCUGCUCCACUUCGACCUGGCAUGCCACCUACCAUGAUGGAUCCAUUCCGAAAACGCCUGCUUGUGCCUCAGGCCCAGCCCCCCAUGCCUGCCCAGCGCCGAGGGUUAAAGAGGAGGAAGAUGGCAGAUAAGGUUCUACCUCAGCGAAUCCGGGAGCUUGUCCCAGAGUCUCAGGCAUACAUGGAUCUCUUAGCUUUUGAGAGGAAGCUGGACCAGACCAUUGCUCGCAAGCGGAUGGAGAUCCAAGAGGCUAUCAAAAAGCCUCUGACGCAAAAACGAAAACUUCGGAUCUAUAUUUCCAAUACAUUCAGCCCCAGCAAGACAGAUGGUGAUAAUGCAGGAACUGCAGGGACCCCCGGGGGAACUCCAGCCGCAGACAAGGUGGCUUCCUGGGAGCUUCGAGUGGAGGGAAAACUUCUGGAUGAUCCCAGCAAACAGAAGAGGAAGUUCUCAUCUUUCUUCAAGAGCCUUGUCAUCGAGCUAGACAAGGAGCUGUAUGGGCCUGACAACCACCUGGUGGAGUGGCAUCGGAUGCCCACCACCCAAGAAACAGAUGGCUUUCAGGUGAAACGACCAGGAGACCUCAAUGUCAAGUGCACCCUCCUGCUCAUGCUGGAUCAUCAGCCUCCUCAGUAUAAACUGGACCCCCGACUGGCAAGGUUGCUGGGAGUACACACACAGACGAGGGCUGCCAUCAUGCAAGCGCUGUGGCUUUACAUCAAACACAACCAGCUGCAGGAUGGACACGAGCGGGAGUACAUCAACUGCAAUCGUUACUUCCGCCAGAUCUUCAGUUGUGGCCGACUCCGUUUCUCUGAGAUUCCCAUGAAGCUGGCUGGAUUGCUGCAGCAUCCAGACCCCAUUGUUAUCAACCAUGUCAUUAGCGUGGAUCCUAAUGACCAGAAGAAGACAGCCUGCUACGACAUUGAUGUGGAGGUGGAUGACCCACUGAAGGCCCAGAUGAGCAACUUUCUGGCCUCCACCACCAACCAGCAGGAGAUUGCCUCUCUUGACGUCAAGAUCCAUGAAACUAUUGAGUCCAUCAACCAGCUGAAGACCCAGAGGGACUUCAUGCUUAGCUUUAGCACUGACCCCCAGGACUUCAUCCAAGAAUGGCUCCGUUCCCAACGCCGAGACCUCAAGAUCAUCACGGAUGUAAUUGGGAAUCCUGAGGAGGAAAGACGAGCUGCUUUCUACCACCAGCCCUGGGCUCAGGAAGCAGUUGGGAGACACAUCUUUGCCAAGGUGCAGCAGCGAAGGCAGGAACUGGAACAGGUGCUGGGAAUUCGCCUGACCUAACUGCUCAGGGAUUGCUUCCUUCCUUCCCAGCCCUGGAACCUGGCAGGAGACCGUCCUCUUGGUUUUGGCUGGGGCUGCAGACAUGUAGGAUGGAGUGAGGUGUGUUUCCUGUCACCCUCUACUCCCCAGCUAGUUUCAUAAAUGUAGUGCUAGGAUUCCUCAUCGCUUGGUCCCCAAAGCCUUAUUACUUACCUUUAGCAUUGGCUUUAGUCGGGUUCCUAAGAUGCCGCCUCAGCCCCCUGCAGGCAGGCCCAUGGACUGCUGGAGGUUGUGCUUUAACUUUGUAACAGACAUUUCUGAACCAAAGGCUGCUGGGUUUGCAUGUUUACAGGCUCCACCCUAGGGCCAGUGUCAGCUGGCUUUGGGGAGCUGCGCAAGGAAGAGGAGGCCCAACCUAGACUCUUCCUGGCCUUUCUCAACCAAAGUUCUUUGCCAUUCCUACAAGCCCAGCCUUGCUGCUGGUUUGUCCUUUUCUUUGGGUAUUUGCACUAUUUGGGGAGCAGGUUUUUCUAUGUGGGAGCCACUUUUUUUUUGUACAGAGGUAACGGGGGUUUUUCAGGGAGCCCUACUUGGUGCCUCCUUAUUUUCUUUAUCUAUGCAAGCGGCUAUAGCCGCCAUCAUCUCCUGGGAUGCCAUGAGGCUGCUCACCCCCAGCUGCUUGUGCAGGGCUCGGGAGGUGGAGUCUCCCAGAGGGAGGGAAUGUGCCAGUUCUCUAACCCAGCUAAAGUAGGGGUGUGUGCGUGCUGGAGAGGAAGGAGAAAGCUGGGAGGAUUGUUUUUAUCCUUUGUACUUGGUCUUAAGAGAGGGUGGGCCUAAGGCUUGGCAAAUGCCACUUCUGGCAGACUUGGAAAAUUCCAAAUAAAUCCUUUUGUUUAUUGGUGGUA